CCAGCAAGGCAAAACAGUGGCACUGUUGUGUCUGGUCUGGACUGUGAAAGCAAAACUAUUAAAAACAGAGCAACACAGGCCGUCCAUUAAAAUCUGCUAUACUAACUCUUCCUUAGCCUUUUACUAUAAUUCCUAAAAUAAUAAAAAAAAAAACAUGAAGACCAGGACCAGUACUUCUACGACUUCUAACUUGCUUUUCCUGUCUUUCAAUACAUUAUUAUUUCCCCACCAAAAACCCUAGUCUCCCUCAGAUUGGUGUUAUGAGCAUAUGCUUGUGAGUUGAGUGUCUUGUUCCUGUUGAAUUUCUCUGUGACACAACUAUAAUGGAUCACCUAAGAUCAUCCUCAGCGAUUGGUGAGGAAAAUGGUGGUGGGAUUCCUGAUGACUUGCGCUGCAAGAGGUCGGAUGGGAAGCAGUGGAGAUGUACUGCCAUGUCUAUGCCAGAUAAAACUGUUUGUGAGAAGCAUUAUAUCCAGGCAAAGAAGAGGGCAGCUAAUUCUGCGUUAAGAGCCAGUCUGAAGAAAGCCAAAAGGAAAUCAAUAGGUGAAAGCGAUAUCUACUUGGAGAGUAAGAGUGAUGAUUUUGACAUGCCACUCAGGAACAUGAAAGUUGAGGAGGAUCAGCCACUUUCGGUCUCAUCAAAGAGGUACAAGGAGAAAGUACCUAAAAGUCAGUCUCGCUAUUCUCCAGAAACACUUAUAAGGAGCUUGCGUGGUCAGAAUUCUCUAAAACUAAACGAUGAUUCCCAAAGAGAUUUCGAGUUUGAAGAGAAUUGGAGGUCAUAUAAGACGACACCUCGUUCAGCAAUGGAAUCAUCCAGGAGUAGAUCACAAAGGAGUUUUGAUGCCAGUGCUAUGACAGUGAGUGAAACUGUCACAGAAUACUCAGAUGCAAGCACCGAUGCUUCUGAAGACACUGGUGGGCAAACUUGUCAUCAGUGCCGGAGGAAUGACAGAAAUAGUGUUACUUGGUGUCUCAAAUGUGACAAGAGAGGUUUUUGUGAUAGCUGUAUCUCAGAAUGGUACUCAGACAUUCCAUUAGAAGAAAUUGAGAAGGUUUGUCCUGCAUGUCGCGGGAUCUGCAAUUGCAGGGGCUGCUUACGAGGAGAUAAUAUGGUAAAGGUAAGAAUACGGGAAAUACCUGUUCUUGACAAGUUGCAAUAUCUCCACUGCCUAUUAUCUUCAGUGCUUCCUAUAGUUAAGCAGAUCCAUCAAGAACAAUGCUUUGAAGUAGAGCUUGAACAAAGGCUGCGUGGAACUGAUAUAGAUCUUGUCCGGGCCAAAUUGAAUGCAGAUGAACAGAUGUGCUGCAAUAUAUGUAGGAUACCCAUUAUUGAUUAUCAUCGGCAUUGUGCAAAUUGCUCUUAUGAUCUGUGCCUUCAUUGCUGUCAAGAUCUUCGAGGAGCAUCUAAACAAGGUGUUGAAAAUGAAAUGGAUGAUAAUCAGAUUGAUGGGAGAAGUCAAGACAAUGAGACUCCAUUAGAACCAGUGAGAGAACCACAAGUAAGACUAAAGUUAUCAGAUAAGUACCAAGGCUGGAAGGCAAACAAUGAUGGCAGUAUUCCAUGCCCUCCGAAGGAGCACGGUGGUUGUAAUUACUCAUCAUUGAACCUAAGCCGUAUUUUCAAGAUGAAUUGGGCAGCAAAACUUGUGAAAAAUGUGGAGGAAAUGGUCAGUGGCUGUAAGGUUUAUGAUGCUGGCACCCCACAGAAAUCCAGGUUGAAUGAUUCCACACUCUGCCAGUAUGCUCACAGAGAGGACAGUGAUGAUAAUUUCUUAUAUUGCCCCUUAUCUGAAGAUGUAAAAGCUGAUGGGAUAAACAAGUUUAGAAAACACUGGGUUCGGGGUGAACCUGUUAUUGUGAAGCAGGUAUUUGACAGCUCAUCCAUAUCAAGCUGGGAUCCAGUGGCUAUUUGGAGGGGGAUCCGGGAAACAUCAGAUGAGAAAAAGAAAGGUGAAAACCGAACAGUGAAGGCCAUAGAUUGCUUACACUGGUCUGAGGUUGAUAUUGAUCUUGAUCAGUUUAUCCGAGGAUACUCAGAGGGACGAAUCAGGGAAAAUGGUUCACCAGAGAUGUUGAAGUUGAAGGAUUGGCCUUCCCCCAGUGCUUCUGAAGAGUUCUUAUUAUACCAGAGACCUGAAUCUAUCAGUAAACUGCCUUUCCUUGAAUUUAUCCAUUCAAGGGUGGGUGUUCUAAAUGUUGCUGCAAAGUUGCCUCAUUACUCUUUGCAGAAUGAUGUAGGACCCAAGAUUUGUAUAUCUUAUGGGAGCCAUGAGGAGCUCGGUGGGGGUGAUUCUGUAAUCAAACUUCAUUUCAAAACGCGUGACAUGGUGUAUCUAUUGGUGCAUACAUGCGAAGCAAAGACAAAAGGUAGCCAGGAGAGUAGCUCAAUUGACCCAGAAAAAAGCUUGGAUGAUGGAAGGUUGCCUGAUAUAUCACUCGAUGGACAUGAUAUACAGGAUGAAGUGAAGACAGCUGCAGAUAAGGAUGAGAAAAUGGAGGAUCAAGAGGUUGCUAAUACCACUAGUAUUGAAGACAUUGACAGAAUUGAGGAUCAUGGGGCUGAAAGAACCACAGGUGUUCAAGAGGUUGAAAGAUUGGAAACCACCAGAGUGGAAGAGGUUGAGGGAAUGGAGGAUCAGCAGUUUAAGAAAGAUAGUGAAGAUAUCCCUGUAGAGAUUUGUCCAGGAGUUAGUUGGGAUGUCUUUCGUCGGCAGGAUAUUCCAAAGUUAAUUGAUUAUUUGAGAACAUGCUAUAAGGACCUUUGGAAGCCUGACAACAUGGUGAAUGAUUUUGUCACAGAUCCCCUUUAUGACGGAACAGUUUUCCUAAAUGCGUUUCAUAAGAGACAAUUGAAGGAAGAGUUUGGAGUUGAACCAUGGUCAUUUGAACAACAUUUGGGGCAAGCUGUAUUCGUCCCAGCUGGAUGCCCUUUCCAAGCGAGGAAUCUUCAGUCCAAUGUUCAGUUGGGCCUUGAUUUCUUAUCUCCUGAAAGUCUGGGGGUGUCUGCUAGAUUGGCAGAAGAAAUUCGCUGUCUUCCAAAUGACCAUGAAGCAAAACUUCAAGUUUUGGAGGUGGGUAAGAUGUCACUCUAUGCUGCUAGUUCAGCCAUUAAAGAAGUCCAGAAAUUGGUGCUUGAUCCUAAACUUGGUGCUGAAAUUGGAUUCGAGGAUCGCAAUUUAACUGCAGCAGUUGCUGAGAACUUGGAGAAAGGUGCUAAGCCAAGACAGAUAAGCUGUUCUUAAAUUGGUGUACAUUACUUGUAAUUUAGAUAUAGAAAAAUUAUUUUGUUUAGGUGGCCGACAUGCUGCCUAAGGGAAUUUAAAUGCAUAAAUGUAUUUGUAUGUAAUCUUAGUCAUUAUGAUUAGUGCCUCAGUGUUUGACAUAUCAUGGCAGUUGUAAUAUGCAAAGUUUGAGUGAAAGCUAACUAGUUUUAAGUCA